UGACAUUUCCAGCAGUUCGUUUUACUGAAAAGAGAGGAACGAAAUCCAUCGACAACCCAUGACAAAUCCGGUAUGAUGAAUGCCGCCGCCGCCACCUUGAUGUCGCCGGCGACACUCUGCUGCUCCAGGCUCGCCCCGCCGGCUCACUGUACUCUCAGAAGAAAUGCCCUCCUCCACUAUCCCCAAACUCGAAGCAGAAUCCUCAGAAUCGCCGCGACCUCUUCGAACUACACCGACGCGCAGGCCGUAGUAGCCGAGGAACAAGAAGAAGAGCGAGCGCAACAGAAGCCGGAGGUUCAACAAACGAAUGAACCCAGCAGACCCUCGGCUUCUUCUUCUUCGUCGUCGUCGUCGUCAUCAUCGGUGAAUGCUGCUCUCGAGAAAGACCUGAAAAAGGUAGUUCAAAAGACUGCUUCAACCUUCGCUCCAAGGGCUUCCAUGGCCACAAAGAACCCUGCUGUGCCGGGGACGGCUCUGUAUACUGUGUUUGAGGUUCAAGGCUAUGCCUUGAUGCUGCUCGGUGGAGCUCUAUCUUUCAAUCUUCUGUUCCCAUCGAACGAACCGGACAUCUGGAGACUGAUGGGAAUGUGGUCUAUUUGGAUGUUCACAAUUCCUUCACUUCGGGCCCGAGACUGCUCAAAGAACGAGAAAGAAGCUCUCAACUAUCUGUUUCUCCUCAUCCCUUUACUAAACGUUAUAAUCCCAUUCUUCUGGAAAUCUUUUGCAAUUGUGUGGUCAGCAGACACCGUGGCCUUCUUCGGGAUGUAUGCAUGGAAGAUGGGGUGGCUUCAGAGAACAGAGUAGGAGCCAAAAAUAUCUUCGUAUGGAUGCUGUCAGCAUCUUGUACAAUUCUUACAUUACAGAUCCAGAAGUACAUAUACUAGCAAAAAAAAGAUUAAGUCACGUUUUGCCUCAACAGACAUGGAAGAGUGAGUGUAAUUAAUCACCUUAUUUACAUUAGUUUCUUCAUUUUCUAGAAACCUUGUCUUCCCAGAAAAUCGCAUUGCUUGGUGGGCAUGCCACAUUCAACCCUGAACCAAAUUAUGAUUGAAAAGCUGAACUUAUAAGAACUGUGGUUUUCCCAGCAA